UUGAAUGAAAUCUCUGCUAAUUCAGCUUAGCACACUAUUAUUUAAGACCAAAUGUUGUUACUUUGAGCCAUUAAAGAAAAAAGAUUUGCACCCAGAGAUUUCUUCUCAUUUUCCUACCCUUUUUCCCAGAAAAUGAUAUAGAAAUGGCAAUAACGAAUUCACAGACGAAAAGCCAGCAAAUGGGUAGCCACUGCCACACCAAGGAAAAAGUUUGUGAAAUAUGUGGCGGUCAUAAUCCUCAUUCUGAAUUUUUACUAGUAACUUGUUCUGUAUGCAACACAACUUGUGAACAUGUUUAUUGCAUGCGAAGAAAAGUAAAGCACAAGGUCCCUGAAGAUUGGGUCUGUGAAUCAUGCCUAAAUAGUGAUGACUCGAUUCUGAUGGAAUCUGGGGAGACAGAUGCUCUUGAGACAUCUUCAUUCCAAGAAGAUGAAGUUGUGACUAUGGCAAUGAGCACUGAGCAAUUUUCAGCUUUGCAGCAAAAGCCUGUAAAAACGGGUAAAGUUAAGUUCAAUUCUCAUGAACAAGCCAUUAAGCGAUCUUCAGAGAUCUUAGGAAAAAGAUUAUCCACCUUCAAAGAGUCAAAAGAUAUAAACCCUUUAGAUGAUGAUUAUCCAUUUCCUGAGAAUAGUGAUGAGGAAAUGGAUGAUGUUGAGGGGUUCGAUAAUGAUGAAAAUAUGAGUGAUGAUGAGGUAAUAGAGGAUUAUGUAGCUGGUAGAGGCCCAACAUUGAUGCGUAAGGUAUUUAAAGCCCGAAGUGAGGGUAUACGCACACCGAUAGUGUUCAAUGAGUUCGGACAAGUUAUCGGUCCAGCAAGAACAAGGUUUGUGUCGACACUUGGAUCAAUUGUACGCAGAACCGUCAACAUUAAGCAUGACAGUUGGGCGAAGGUUCCUACUUUCGAGAAAAAUAAAUUAUGGCAUAUCGUUGAGGAGACUUUUGAGAUAGAUCCUAAAGCAAGGAAAAAGAUUUUACAGGCGGGUGGCAGAUAUUGGAGGAACUUCAAAACAAAUCUCACCAACAGAUGGAUAGAAAAACAUAGAUACACUAAACCCCACAGGCUAAUGCACCCACCGAGAGGAUAUAUAUCAGUGAUAAGAAAAGUUGAUUGGGACAACUUUGUCAAAGUAAGACUAAGCCCAGAAUGGGCUGAGAAAAGAAAGAAAAUGCAAGCGGUACGGGCGAAGCUUCCUCACAAUCAUAACAUGUCUAGGGGAGGUUAUGUAUCUAAGGAGGAGCAACUAAUGAAAGAAAGUGAUGGCCAAAUAAGUGAGUUUGAUAGAGCUGAGUUGUGGAAAUUAGGCCGACAGAACAAGAGAGAGCUGUCGGGCGAGGAGGCAUCAGCGGAAGCUAACAUUGAUCAUUACAAAAAAGUAAAGCACGAGGUCCCUGAAGAUUGGGUCUGUGAAUCAAGCCCAACCGUCAGUGACUUGAUUCUGAGGGAAUCUGGGGAGAAAGAUGUUCUUGUGACAUCUUCAUUCCAAGAAGAUGAAGCUGUGACAAGAGCAAUGAGCAAUGAGCAAUUUUCAAUUUUGCAGCAAAUGCCUGCAGAAACUGAUAAAACUAAGUUCAAAUCUCCUGAACAAGUCAAUAAGCCAUCUUCAGGGAUCAUGGGAACAGGAUUAUCAACCUUCAAAGAGUCAAAAGAUAUCAAUCCUUUAGAUGAUGAUUAUUCAUUUCCUGAGGAUGUUGAUGAGGAAACAAAUGAUGCUGAGGGGUUCGAUAAUGAUGACAAUAUGAGUGGUGAUGAGGAGAUAGAGGAAUAUGUAGCUGGUAGAGGCCCGACAUUGAUGCAUGAGGUAUUUAAAGCCCGGAGUGAGGGUAUACGCACACCAAUAGAGUUCAAUGAGUUUGGACAAGUUAUUGGUCCAGCGAGAACAAGGUUUGCAUCGACACUUGGAUCCAUUGUCCGCAGAAGUAUUAACAUUAAGCAUGAUAGUUGGGCGAAGGUUCCUACUUCCGAGAAAAAUAAAUUAUGGCAUAUUGUUGAGGAGACUUUUGAGAUAGAUCCUAAAGCGAGGAAAAAGAUUUUACAGACAGGUGGCAGAUAUUGGAGGAACUUCAAAACAAACCUCACCAACUGCUGGAUAGAAAAACAUAGAUACACUAAACCCCACAGGCUGAGGCACCCACCGAAAGGGUAUAUAUCAGUGAUAACAAAAAUCGAUUGGGACAACUUUGUCAAAGUAAGACUAAGCCCAGAAUGGGCUGAGAAAAGAAAGAAAAUGCAAGCGGUACGAGCGAAGCUUACUCACAAUCAUAACAUGUCUAGGGGAGGUUAUAUUUCUAAGGAGGAGCAACUAAUGAAAGAGCGUGAUGACCAAAUAAGCGAGUUUGAUCAAGCUGAGCUGUGGUCAUUAGGCCAAACCAACAAGAAGGGAGAGUUGUCUGGUGAGGCGACAUCAGUGAAAGUUAACAUUGAUCAUUUCCAAAAAGUAAAGCACGAGGUCCCUGAAGAUUGGGUCUGUGAAUCAUGCCCAAGUGGCAAUGACUCGAUUCUGAUGGAAUCUGGGGAGAAAGAUGUUCUUGUGACAUCUUCAUUCCAAGAAGAUGAAGCUGUGACAAGAGCAAUGAACAACGAGCAAUUUUCAGUUUUACAGCAAAAGACUGCAGAAACUGGUGGAGUUAAGUUCGAUUCUUCUAAACAAGUCAUUGAGCCAUCUUCAGGGAUCACAGGAACAAGAUUAUCCACCUUCAAAGAGUCAAAAGAUAUAAAUCCAUUAGAUGAUGAUUGUCCAUUUCCUGAGGAUGGUGAUGAGGAAAUGGAUGACCCUGAGAGGUUCGAUAAUGAUGACAAUAUGAGUGGUGAUGAGGAGGUAGAGAAUUAUGUGGCUGGUAGAGGCCCGACAUUGAUGCGUGAGGUAUUUAAAGCCCGGAGUGAGGGUAUACGCACACCAAUAGUGUUCAAUGAGUUCGGACAAGUUAUCGGUCCAGCGAGAACAAGGUUUGCAUCGACACUUGGAUCCAUUGUACGCAGAACUAUUAACAUUAAGCAUGAUAGUUGGGCGAAGGUUCCUACUUCCGAGAAAAAUAAAUUAUGGCAUAUUGUUGAGGAGACUUUCGAGAUAGAUCCUAAAGCGAGGAAAAAGAUUUUACAGACGGGUGGCAGAUAUUGGAGGAACUUCAAAACAAACCUCACCAACUGCUGGAUAGAAAAACAUAGAUACACUAAACCCCACAGGCUGAGGCACCCACCGAAAGGGUAUAUGUCGGUGAUAAAAAAAAUCGAUUGGGACAACUUUGUCAAAGUAAGACUAAGCCCAGAAUGGGCUGAGAAAAGGAAGAAAAUGCAAGCGGUAAGGGCGAAGCUUCCUCACAAUCAUAACAUGUCAAGGGGAGGUUAUAUUUCUAAGGAGGAGCAACUGAUGAAAGAAAAUGAUGGCCAAAUAACUGAGAUAGAUCGAGCUGAGUUGUGGACAUUAGGCCGAAUGAACAAGAAGGGCGAGCUGACUGGUGAGGCGGCAUCAGUGAAAGCUAACAUUGAUCAUUACAGACAGCUGCAAACAGAGGGCAAGUGGAAACCCCAAGGAUCUAAUGAUUUGCUAACUAUGGCAUUGGGGACCCCUGAGAGGAGAGGGUUUGUUAGGGGUAUGGGUGUUGGUGUGACGCCCACUCAAUUUUUUGACACUCCAACGCCCACGUCGAGGAAGGUGAAAGCAAAAGAAAUUUCGAACAACGCCCAGGUUGAUGCAUUAAGAAGAGAGUUUGAAGAAAAACUGCGCCAACAAGAAGAAUUUUUCCGCCAACAACAAGAAGAAUUCUUGCGCCGACAAGAAGCCAUGAUGAAAGCAUUCAUGGAGUCUGCGAGAGGCUCUUCUCAUGUCGGUGGCUCUUCUCAUGCAUCAACACCCGAGUUCGACACAACAUAUAGUAGUUGUGUCCCAACACCACCGCAACCAGCAGGUGUAACAAGCCUUCAUCCUGAUUAAUAGAAAAAUGCAUGAGUUUUUUUUGUCUUCAGAGUAUGGCUUAGCAAGGAAUGAAAAUCCAAACUGGCUAUGUAGAUGAUCAUUGUAGAAGUUAGACAGUUGUAGUGUCAAAAAUACAAAGUAAAGACUAUGCUAAACUCUAUGUUGAGAUGUAUAUAUAAAAAAAGCUCAAUGGCUAUGAUUUUGCCAAAGCCUGGAAUGGGAUAUAAAUUGUCAUUAUGUGCUA